UGUGAGCGGCUGUCCAGGGCGGCUCCAGCUGCAGCUUCAGCUCCCGCUCUGCCGCUGUCGACCAGAAGGGUUCGGGUGACAGGACUGGACGGAGCUCAUUAAUGUCUGUUUCUCCACAGAAUUAUUUUUGAAACAUAAUGUCCAUUUAAAGCCAUCUUCAUCUGAACCAAAGGGGAUAUCCUGAAUAAGAGCCUUCUGCAGUGAACUCUACCAGUGCUUCUAUUCAUUUCAUUUUGUGGGUUUUUACUUGCUUGAAGAUUUUUCUUUCCGAAGUGACAGGGUUGCAAGUUUGAAGUCAGAAUUCAGCAGCUGCAAUGGUGUUUUUUCAGUCAAGUAGUUGGAGGUUUCUUCUACAGGUGAACUGAGCAGAACAGAACAGAUUCUGAGAGAUGCUCGUUACAGUAUUUGGAGGAAAUCAAACCAGUGACCAUGGCACUGGGAACGGCAUGGAAGCAGAUGUCUUGGCUUUACUACCAGUAUCUGUUGGUUACAGCACUCUACAUGUUAGAACCCUGGGAAAGGACCAUAUUCAACUCCCUAUUAAUAUCUAUUGUUGGGAUGGCUGUAUACACUGGUUACGUGUUUAUGCCUCAGCAUAUUAUGGCAAUAUUGCACUACUUUGAGAUUGUCCAAUGACUGCCUUAAGCCAGAAUGAAGACCAGAAAUACACAAGGAAGGAAGAAGGUUCCUCUUCAAUGGAUGGUUACUUCUCAAUAACUGGCAAGAAUGCUGUUGAAGAACAACCCUAUUUCAUUAUAAAGGAUUUAGAAGCUUACAGAGUGGCAAAUCAAAAUAGUGUGGAGUGUAUUUCAUGGUUUUGUAUUUAUUGUUUUAAUAUGCCUUCUUGCAAUAUAAUGAGGUGCCCUUGUUUGUUAAUCUAGUUAUUAUAUUUACUAAUGUGAGUACUUUAAUUGCCUUUGAUAGUGUGUAUGUUGCGAUGUGAAUGCGUUAGUUGUACAUUUUUAAACAAAAAUGUCAAUUGGUGUGAGGCAUUCCAUAUACAUAUAUAAGUAAUUCAAGUAUAACUUGGACCUAAGAUUGAUUAAAUAUUUGGUAUGUGUUAAGCUAUAAAGAAAACUAAUUUUUAACUUUUCUGAGUUUUUUGGCAAUUGGGGAUCUAAUUGGAAUUUUCACAAGAUGCAUAUUUUGAAGUAUGUUUCAUUUUUAAUACCAUUUGAAAAGUGAUAUUGCCCACCUGUAAGACUUGUAUAGAAUUCUAAAUGAUGUCAUAUUUUUGGUGUCCUAAAAUUCAUAAUAAAUAUAAAAUACUUGUGAUGA